AAAAUAUUUCAGACAUUAGGGUUUGCUGCGAAACAUACAUACCUUCAUUAAUACUUCUUCUACCUUAACCCCCAAACUAUGUGCGUAUAUAUAAAUAAUCGAUACGAUUUUUGAUCCUAGCUUCAAAUUCCACCGUUUACUAAAGGCUCAGUUUCAAUGGAUACACUCUUUUAGAGUCGUCCAAAUUGAUAAAGAUUGAGUCUUUUUGAUUUUUUGAAGUGAUUUAUUUAUAUGGGGACCAAGAAAAUUAUUGCUAUUUGUCAAUCUGGUGGUGAAUUUAGAACCGGUGAUGAUGGUUCGUUGGUUUACGAUGGCGGGGAGGCUUAUGCUGUCGAUGUUGAUCACGAGACUCGGUUGGAUGAUUUGAAGCAAGAACUAGCGGAAAUGUUCCAGUAUAGUGUUGAUAGCAUGUUGAUUAAGUACUUUCUUCCUGGACAUAGGAGGACACUUAUUAGUGUAUCGAGAGAGAAGGACUUGCAGCGGAUGGUUCAUUUUUGUGAGGAUUCUGACCAAGUCGAAGUGUUUAUUGUUAAUGGUGGCAUGGUAGCUGCUAAUGCUCCAGAGAUGUCUGGCAGUAGGUCUAACAUGAUUAGUAUAUCAGAAGCACCAGUCCUUCCUGACACGCCUUUGGUUACUGCCCAAGCAGAUGAUACCAUUGAUAUAGAAAUGGACAUGGCCAAUCAAUUAAACACAGAUAAAACUAUCUGUUUAACGAAGGAUGAAAAGAAUCCUACGGUUGCAAUGCAGUGGCAGAACACUAUUACUGGCGUCAAUCAAAGAUUUUCUAGUUUUCCUGAAUUUCGUGAUGCCCUACACAAGUAUUCUAUUGCACAUGGAUUUACAUACAAAUUUAAGAAGAAUGAUAGUCAGCGAGUAUCUGUUGUAUGCAAGGCAGAAGGUUGUCAGUGGCGUAUAUGGGCAUCCAAGGUUGCUAGCACCCAGUUAAUCUGUAUCAAGAAAAUGGUUGGCAUUCAUACAUGUGAGGGAACCACAUUAAAAGCUGAGCAUCGUGCAGGAAGGGGAUGGGUCGGUAGUAUCAUAAAAGAGAAACUGAAACUUUCGCCUAAUUACAAGCCACGAGAUAUUGUCGCAGAUAUUGAACGAGAAUAUGGCGUUCAGUUAAACUACUCCCAGGCAUGGCGUGCAAAAGGACUUGCUAGGGAGCAGCUUCAUGGUUCUCAUAAAGAGGCAUACAGUCAAUUACCUUUCUUUUGUAAUAAGAUAAUUGAAACAAAUCCAGGCAGUGUUGCUAAAUUAACUACAAAGGAGGACUCAAGCUUCCAUCGGCUAUUUGUCUCGUUUCAUGCUUCAAUAUCUGGUUUUGAACGAGGCUGCCGGCCUCUGAUAUUUCUGGAUAGCACUCCUCUUAAUUCAAAAUAUCAAGGUGUGUUAUUGACUGCUACAGCUGCAGAUGGAGAUGAUGGCAUAUUUCCUGUGGCUUUUGCUAUUGUGGAUGAUGAGACUAAUGACAACUGGCAUUACUUUAUUUUGGAACUGAGAUCUGCAGUUUCCACAUCUCAACAGAUUACGUUUAUAGCAAACUUCCAAAACGGUUUGAAAGAGACAUUAUGUGAAAUAUAUGGUGGGGGGUGUUACCAUGGUUAUUGUCUGCACUAUCUUGCUGAGAAACUUAACAUUGAUUUGAAGGAGCCAUUUUCUUAUGAAGCUAGGCGUCUCAUGGUUCAAGAUUUGUAUGCUGCUGCUACUGCAUCAAAGCUUGAUGCUUUUGAACGAUGUACUGAAAGCUUAAAGGCUAUAUCACCGGAAGCCUAUAAUUGGGUAAUACGUAGUGAACCAGAUCACUGGGCUAAUGCUUUUUUUGCUGGUUCAAGGUAUAAUCAUAUUUCAUCAAAUUUUGGGCAACCUUUUUAUGGUUGGUUAUCAGAUGCAAACGAGUUGCCUAUUACUCAGAUAAUUGAUGCACUGCGCGGCAAGAUGAUGGACUUAUACUAUAAGCGGCGAGUUGAUUCAAGUCAGUGGGAAACAAGGCUAACACCAUCAAUGGAAGAAAAGUUGAAGAGUGAGACUGCAAAGGCCCACUCACUUCAAGUGUCAUUGUUGGAUGCUGGCACAUUCGAAGUUCGAAGUGAAUCAGUUGAUAUAGUUAAUGUUGAUCAUUGGGACUGUAGCUGCAAAGGAUGGCAAAUAACAGGGUUGCCUUGUUGCCAUGCCAUUGCUGUUAUCUUAGGACUUGGUAGGGAUCCGUAUGAUUUUUGCUCUAGAUACUUGACAGCUGAGAGUUACCAUCUAACUUAUUCAGAGUCAAUAAGUCCAGUACCCAAUGUAGAGAAACCAGUGACAAUUGAAUCACAAGAAGUAGAAAUUCUUGUGACUCCUCCACCCACGAGAUGCCCAGCAAGCAGAAAGAAAAGGAAACAUGGUGGUUCAUCAGAUAUAAUUAAGAGGACACUCCAGUGUAGCAAUUGCAAAGGUCUUGGUCACAAUAAAAAAACUUGCAGGAUGGCACAAGAGGAUAAUGAAGAAGCAUCAGAACCUGUGCUGCUGUUAACCGAUGUGCCCAGAGAAGAGGAGCUCACAGAUUCAUUUGCUGUUUAGUAGCUUCUGUUCAAGUAGAUCUAGCCAAAUUUGGAGGAAAAUUGAUCAGGAGCGGUUGAAUAUAAUUGGUUUUGAAUAUUUCAAAAUCUUUACUUUUAGUUGUAUUUUUUGGUGCUUGUAUAGCACCCCCUAGAUUGUGACAGUUGCUGGGUAGCCCAGAGAGUACAUAAUACUCCUUACUAAAAUUCAAAUUG